CUAAGCUAGUUUUGAAAAUCCCCCUUCUAUUAAUACUUAAAAUCACAAAGCAACAACACAAAAUCACAAACUGGGGAGAUGCAAUUAUAAGGGACAACACAUAACCAAUUUGACAUUGAUCAUCAUUAGAUUCCUUUUAUUUACUUUUUUUGCCCUUUACUCCGUUGUGUUUUCUUGAAUUCCUUCCAAUUUCAAUUUUUGGGAGAAGCAAUUUUCAAUCCAGCCCUCAGAAAACCCUAAACUCCAAAUUCCCCUCUUUCCAUAAAUAAAUCCCAGAAUCUAGUUUUAUUUGCAUAAAGUUUGAAUCUUUUUUCUUAUUUUUCCAGAAUCUUGAUUUUUGUAAGGAGGUAUGAGUAUUGAUAAUGAUGACGGUAGAAGAGGAGAAUUUUUACACGUGUCAGAUGAAUUCUUGGGGACAAUUGUGCCAAUAGUGGUGUAUUGGGUAUAUGCAGGAUUGUAUUGUAUGCUUAGUGGUAUGGAUAAUUAUAGAUUGCAUACAAAGAAAGACGAAGAUGAGAAGAAUUUGGUUUCUAAGAAAGAGGUUGUUAAAGGGGUUCUUCUUCAACAACUUGUUCAAGGUGUUGUUGCUACAGUUCUCUUUGCGGUCACAGGUAAUGAUGGCGACUCUGAUGGAAAUCAACAGGCUAGCUACCUUGUUCUUGCUAAACAGUUGUUUGUUGCCAUGUUCAUUUUAGAUACUUGGCAAUACUUUAUGCAUCGCUACAUGCAUCAAAACAAGUUCUUCUACAAGCACAUCCAUUCUCAGCAUCACCGGCUGGUUGUUCCAUAUGCAUUUGGAGCUCUAUACAAUCACCCUUUGGAGGGUCUGAUACUUGACACCAUCGGUGGGGCCCUAGCUUUCCUUUUCUCAGGCAUGUCUCCUCGAACUUCCAUCUUCUUUUUCUCGUUUGCUACCAUCAAGACAGUCGAUGAUCAUUGUGGACUAUGGCUACCUGGAAACCUGUUCCAUAUCGUCUUUAAAAACAACUCAGCGUACCAUGAUAUUCAUCACCAACUUUACGGAAGCAAGUAUAACUUUUCACAGCCUUUCUUUGUUACCUGGGAUAGGAUACUUGGUACGUAUAUGCCUUAUGCACUCGUGGAAAGACCAGAAGGGGGUUAUGAAGCUAGGCCUGAUAAAGAUUGCAAGGAUGAGUGAGAAAACUGUUAGUAAAUGUUUAAAAUAUGUUACCACUGCAAUUUUACCCAGUAUUUGCCUUUCUCAGUAAUCUGUAUAUAUUAUGUGUUACUGCAUAUAUUGUUGUAUCACUGGUUUUCUUUUUUGAGGUAAUAAUGUCUCUUCUUUUUUAA